CACUUAGUGUACACGAUUUGGCAUAUUUCUUAGAAAAAAAAAAUAGAACGUAAAAAGGUAUAGGCGACGAACGCAAGUCAGUAAUGCAAGAUAUCGGAUUGGAGUUUUAUUUUUCAGCCAAUCAAAAUCGAGUAUAUGUUUAGAUUUUCGAUUAAACUGUGGAUAAAUGCGAUACCGGAUGCGAUCAUAGAUCAAGCUGAUUCUAUAUAAAUAGGAGCUGUCUAGACAAUAGUUUUUUUUUGUCCUCAUUAAUUUUCUUUACUAUUUUUUAUUCUACUCUAAUACCUCUAGGAAUCUAAUUCCAUCUAAUAUGUCUGAUCAAGAAAAACCAGAACGUAGACUGUCGAAUGCUAGUGUAGCUACUACAGUUACCGAUUCUUAUACAAUUAAUGAACCUACUCCUCUUCAAGAAAUCACAUCGUAUCGCGAGCAAAUUCGUGAGCAAUUACCUCCUGGUGUUCUUGCUACAAAAACCUUAUCAAUUCACCCUUACCCUUCAAAAACAAAUGAUCUUGAAGCUAUGAAUUCUCGCAUCAUGUCUCAUCAGUCUGAGAAAAGACCUGUGAUGCACUAUGUUAAUUGGGAUGUCAAUGAUCCUGAGUGCCCUUACAAUUGGAGUCAUUCAUACCGUUGGGUUCUAACUAUGGGUGUUGCUUCACUUGUUGUUUCUGCUGCUUUUGGCUCUUCAAUCAUCACUGGUAGAUUAAACGGUGUAGUGGAAUCAUUUGGUUGUUCUGAAGAAGUCGCUAUUCUUCAAGUCUCUCUUAUGGUCUUUGGUUUUAUGAUCGGUCCUCUUCUUUGGUCUCCUGUUUCUGAAAUCUUUGGUCGUAAGCCUGUUUAUAUCUUUGCUCUUGGUAUCUAUGCUAUCUUUAAUAUUCCCUGCGCUGUUGCCAAAAACAUUGAAACUGUCUUGGUUUGUCGUUUUCUUGCUGGUUUCUUUGCCUCUUGUUCUUUGACCCUUGCUGGUGGCUCUAUUGCCGAUAUUUGGCCUACUGAACACCGUGGUAAUGCCAUUGCUUAUUUUGCUGCUGCGCCUUAUGCUGGUCCCGUCCUGGGUCCACUCGUUGGUGGAUGGAUUUCAGUUGGCACACAAAAUUGGAGAUGGAUCUAUUGGGUCAAUACCAUAUUUGCCGGUGUUAUUUGGGUUAUUGUCUGUCUUUUACCUGAAACUUAUCAUCCUAUUCUUCUCGCUAAACGGGCUAAGCGUAUGAGAGAAGAAACUGGCGACCCAACUUAUGUUACAGUCGAAGAAGAAUUCCCUGUUCCUUUGUCCGAGCUUGUUCAAGCUAAUUUGGUCCGACCUUUUGUCAUGUUGACUACCGAACCUAUUCUUAUUUUAAUGUCUUUGUACAUUGCUAUUGUUUAUGCUUUAUUGUAUGCUUUCUUCUUCGCUUAUCCUAUUGUUUUCGGUGAAGUCCAUCAUUUCAAUGACGGAGAAAUUGGUUUGACAUUUAUUGGUAUCCUUAUCGGUACUGCCUUAGCCUUAUUAGUUACACCCAUUUUCGAAAAGAAGUAUACUCAGACCAUCAUCGCUAAAGGUGGAAAAGCUGAUCCUGAAGAUCGUCUUCCAGGUAUGAUGUGUGCUGCCCCUUUUGUUCCCAUCUCUCUCUUUAUUUUCGGUUGGACUUCUUUCCCUUGGUGCCAUUGGAUUGGUCCCGCUAUUGCAGGUGUACCUUUUGGUUUUGGUAUGGUCAUUGUCUAUUACUCUGCCAACAAUUAUAUCAUUGAUUGCUUCCCACGUUAUGUCACUUCGGCCUUGGCUGCAAAGACACUGAUUCGUUCUGGUUCAGGUGCAGCUUUCCCUCUUUUUAUCACUCAAAUGUAUCAUGCCUUAAACAAUCAAUGGGCCAGUACUCUACUCGCAUUUAUUGCUUUAGCUAUUGUACCUAUUCCAUUUGUAUUUUACAAGUACGGUGCUCGUAUUCGUGCCUCAUCUAAGAGUGCCGCUUAAUUUACCCAUAUUCUUAGAUUUUAGCUUACAUUUCUUUAUCUCAUAAUUACCAUACACAUUAGUUCUAUAUUUAUUUCCUAAUCUUAAUAAACUAUUUAUUAUACAAAACAAAA